AAUACUUUCUUUCCUGGAAACCAAAACCCUAGUUUUUAAAUCUUUUACUUUCUUUUCCCACUUUCUUGGAAAAUCUUGAUUGUUUUCUUUAAUCUGCGUUUCAUUUUUGUUGGGUUCGGUUUCUUUUUAAACUGCUAUGAGUAAAAUCAUGUUAGUGUUGGUCAAUGUACUUGUCGUAUUUACAUAGCAGAGAUUGAUUUAUGAGUAAAUUGACUUCGGCUCUGUUGUGACCUGGGUUGAAAUUUGUGGAUGGGUUAAAAGUGUGGUUAUGCAUUUAGUUGAGCUUUAUAGAUUGAUAGGGAUAGAGGAAGUGUUCACUGCAUAAGUGAUUCAUGUUGUGCUAAUUAUAUCAUUGUUAUAAGGUCGGUAUCAUAAAAAAAGAUGAUCCAGUGCACAAGGCUCCCGGUAAAGAAAUAGAGAACAAAAUGUGCUUCCGAAUUGUAGGUCAUGCAAAAUCAGAGUAUUCUGUAUCACAAACCAUCUUUCAAUUUCAGAAAAAUUGCAGACCGACAAUGUGAUUCAGGAAUGCGCGACAUAGUUCCCAAUUUACUUCCUGACAGAAGUCUCACAAAAUCAGGAGGUUUGAAAGCAAAGAUUCUAUCUAUCACGAAAGUUUCAAGGUUGGAUUGUUUGAAAUUUGGUAACUCAUUCGAAACUGCAGUCAAAGGUGUUGCUAAUGAAAAUCUCGAAGAGUUCUCUGAUGACGAUGAUGAGCUGUGUCCGGUCGAUUGUGUCAGGGAAGUUAGAACCGAUGAGGAGUUCUUGAAAAUUUUGGAGAAGGCCAAGGAAACUCAUGCUUUAGUUGUGAUGGAUUUUUAUCGCACUUCAUGCGGUAGCUGCAAGUACAUAGGGCAAAUCUUUUCAAAAUUGUGCAAGGGUUCUGGUGAUCAAGAUGCUAAAGUAAUCUUCUUGAAACAUAAUGUUAUUGAUGAAUAUGAGGAGCAAUCUGAGGUUGCUGAACGGCUUAGAAUCAAGGCAGUGCCCCUCUUUCACUUCUACAAAGAUGGAGCGUUAUUGGAAGCGUUUCCAACUAGAGAUAAAGACAGGAUUGUUACAGCCAUUCAUAAAUAUGCCGAUCCAGAUUCUCAGUAUGUUUAAGCUGGUCCGAUUAUGAUUCCAAACUUUGCUUUUUGUACAUCUACUGCAUCAUUCUAGUCAUUGAUGGAAGAGAAUGUAAAGUUAUUUGUAACAUGCUGCAUUGUUGUAUCAUAAUACCAAAUAAUCUUUUGUUUGAAAGAAAGAAAUUUAUCAUGUCAUGAACAGUUAAAACUGUCACCAUGUACUUGUGUUCAUUUGUUAAUGUCAAAUGUUUGCUUAUUCUUC